ACGGGUGUAAGUAUAGUCUCGCGCCGUUAGCUGUGAUCCGUAGCCACCGCCACUCCCGCAUAAGCAAGGACUUCGUUGGUGGCCGCGCCAUUGCUGGCCGCCUCACCACGCAUAUAGUCAAGUUCGACCAGCUUGAUGGACGACGCGGACGACCGCGAACAAGACAUGCGCAACCUCGCCUACCUCCCGUACGAGCUUUUGCUACACGUCGUUCAGCACCUCGACUCCGUCAAGGACGUGAACGCGCUCCAACAAACAUGCCAAUCACUAUACUCCUUCGCUAUCACCCGACCAGUCUACCGCCACCUCGCCCAUGCUCUUCUUUCCCGUUGCCGCCCGCUGCCCGUCGACGGCUUUACCUCCAUCAUCAACUUCACCCGGGAGGAACUUCGCGCCGCCGUCAACCGCGCCGCACUCAUAGAGCACGGUUGGACAUUCGCCGCGCCACGGCCGUCGCGCCUGCACCCGUUCGUCGGCCCGCCGGAAAAGUCGUGGUACAAGGUCCUGGAGGCGCCCGAGGCGCAUGGCAUUGACUGGCUGAGCCCGAUCACGCCCAGGUAUAACAUGUACGCGACGCCGCACGGGAACGUGUACUGCUGGGACGUCGAGCACGAUCGAUGCGUCGCGCAGUGGCAACCUGAGGUCAAGUGGUCGUUGUGGAAGUGCCGUGUCGAGUUCGACAUGCGCUCCGUGUUCUUCGUUAUGGCUAGGGUUGUUCGUGGAGACGGCGAUGAACCCGGCCUGAUGGAGUUCAUGACUAUGAGCCUGGUGUUCCCGGCACCUCCGGACAGCUCAUCCGAGGACCCGGCGCCAGAGUUUCGGGAACUCAACAAGUUCCUAACAUCGGGUUAUGUGCUAAACCUUUUCCUCCUCGACCCUCUGUCGCGUUUGUUAGCAGCCUUCAUCUGGCUGCCAGAGGUCAAAUCGAUGGGUCUUUACGUCCUGUUCGAUUGGGAGCAACCAGAAUACGUCUUCGUCAACACUGGGAUAGAAUGCACACAGGACGCCUUGGCCAUGUCUCCCAACUGGUCGUGCAUCCUCUCUGGCGACCGGAUGGUUAUGCAUGUCGAGGAUACCUCAGCCGUCACCCAGUACGUUUACACGCUGCCCACCCUUCGCGAACACGUACAGUCCGUCCCUUCCGCAUUCUCGCACGCGCCCAAAAUUUCCACUACCCUCGCUCCCAUCUUCUCCAUGCGCAAAAGGCUUCACUACCUGCCGCUCCCCCGGGAGCCAACGCUGUCCGCCCCGGCUACGUCGGGGGGCGCAGUGUUAACGCAGACGGAGUCCGGAAAUCUGACUGUGACGCACUCCCCGUUUGCCACGGACAGGGCGGCCUCAUCUGUCCAUGCGGUCCACCAGCCUGCGGUGAUCACGCUCGUGCCAGACCCAGACGCAGGUUGGGUGAUGCAAAUCACGGCGGCCACGCCUACGACGCCGGUUCCUCCGCCCACCCCCGCGCCUGUUCUGACCCAUCAUCAAGUAACCGAUCAAGGUCAAGCGCUAACGGCGAUGGUGCCCUCAUACGCCAACCCGUUUCCGCCAGACAUAUGGUCAACGGAGAGCGCGCACUUCGUGCGGCAAUGGUGGCCAACGCUUCCUGGCGUCCCGCGCUUGAGCUGCACCGUACUCCUCCUCGCGACGCACGACCCGGUCACGCACACGAACCAAUACACGCUCGCGCAGCACUACUUCGAGGUGCCAAUGGAGGACCCGCCAAAGGCGGAUGCGCUGCGCCAUGCACGGAAGGGUGGCGGGGAGCGCUUCGACCCGGGCGAGGUGUAUGAAUGUGAGGGGGGGAUCUGGGUUUGGUACCUCCGCGAGCCGUUCGAGCUCGUGUGCAUCCAGGACGAUCUCGGGCCAGAAGAGGAGCUCGACGUGUUCGCGCGCACGCGCCCCCUCAUCGCAGUCGACUUCUGCCAUGCGGCUUGGGUGGAGUACGUCGACCCGCCGCCGAUAUUGCCCGAGGGUGCGGACCCGGACAUGCCUGUGCCCGAGGACGAGCGGAAACGGCUGCGGAUGGUCACCUUCCCGCCUGUUGGGCACGAAGGCGAGUGGGGUGGGAGGAAGGAGGACGCGCGCGGGACCGUGAAGACGCUCGAGGUGCCGGACGAGCUCGACUUAAGCACAGUGGAAACGAUAAACUUAGAUCAGAGCCAGGGGAGCGUCAUACUGUCGACGAGGGGAGGGAGGAUUUUUAUUCUCAAUUAUGACUAG